GCGGGGCCGGGCGCUGUCGCAGUGAGCGGCGGCGCGGGCGGGGCUCCGUGCGGGCACCGGGCAGCGCUGCCCCGCCGCUCCCCGCGCCCGCCACGGCGGCGGCCAAAACCCCAGCCCGGCAAGGGGCUCGGAGCAGUUGGGUGCUUGCCUCGUGCGUGCUCGGAUGGGCAGGGAGAGGAGCUGUCCCCUGGAGAGCGCAGCAUCUUCCCUCUCCUGCUUGAGCGGGCGCCCCUGAGCGCCGGCAGCAGCGACGGGCUGUCGCUUUUGGGAUGAGCGGGCAGGACUGAGAAGAUUUAGCUCACUGUAGGAGCCAGAGCGGCUUGGAUUUGUCAGAGGGAAAUGCUGCAGCAUGAACCCACCGCCGCCUAGAGAGACGGGCUCGCACCGCCCCGGCGCCGCUGCCUGAGCCAGCCCCGGAGCACCGGCCGGCCGGGAGCCCGCACCGGCAGCAGCCCAGCCCAGCCCAGCCGCCCGGCCCCGGCGGGAUGCGCUCGCCGCCGCCUUCAUGCCGGCAGGGGGGACGCUGAAGCGCCGCUCCGCCCGGCCCGGAGCCACCCACGUGCGGUCCCCGCUGAAGGCGGCCGGUGGUGCCCAGGGCGGGCCCCGCUGAGCGUUUCGCCGCAGGAGGCAGCGGCAGCCCCCGGCGUGGCGGCGGGUCCCGCCCGGCGGCCGCGAUCCGGUGCCCCAUGGUGCUGCUGCGGAAGCUGCCGGGCAUGCCGGGCUGGCCGGCGGCGCUGGGGCUGCGGCUGCCGCAGAAGUUCCUGUUCCUGCUCUUCCUCUCGGGCCUGCUCACCCUCUGCUUCGGGGCCCUCUUCCUCCUGCCCGAUUCCUCCCGCUUCAAGCGCCUGUUCCUGCCCCGCCGGGCCACCGCCUCCGCCUCCUCUUCAUCCUCCGCCUCCUCGUCCUCAGCCUCCUCCUCCUCCACCCGCGACACCGACCUGCCCCGCAGCCCCCCCGCCGCCGCCGAGCCCCGCCACGCCAGCCCCGCCGCCCCGCGCCGCCUGCGGGAGAAGCUCCGCACGGCCGCCCGCAUGGCCGGGCCGCCGGCCCGCACCGCGCCCGCCUCCCGGCAGCAGGUGCAGGGCGGCGAGAGCCGAGCCCAGCCCGCCAGCGGCGCGCCCCCGGCCCGGGAGACGCGGGCCCCGUUCCGCUUCGACUACGAGCGGUUCCGCCGGAGCCUCCGGCACCCGGUGCGGGGCGGGCGGAGCGGAGAGGACCCCGAGACCCGCGCCCGCAGGAUGAAGAUCAAAGAGAUGAUGAAGUUUGCCUGGGAUAACUACAAGCAGUAUGCCCUGGGGAAGAACGAGCUGCGCCCGCUGACCAAGAACGGCCACAUCGGGAACAUGUUCGGAGGCCUUCGAGGAGCAACUGUGAUAGAUGCCUUAGAUACCCUCUACAUCAUGGAGCUCGAGGAGGAAUUCCAGGAAGCCAAGCAGUGGGUGGAGAAGAGCUUUGACUUGAACGUGAAUGGAGAAGCUUCCCUGUUCGAGGUGAACAUCCGCUACAUCGGAGGGCUCCUGGCCACCUACUACCUGACUGGAGAGGAGGUGUUCAAGAACAAAGCUCUGGAACUCGGAGAGAAACUUCUGCCAGCCUUCAACACCCCCACCGGAAUCCCACGUGGAGUCAUCAACCUGGGCAGUGGCAUGAGCUGGAGCUGGGGCUGGGCAUCUGCUGGAAGCAGCAUCCUGGCAGAAUUUGGGACCCUGCACCUGGAGUUCCUGCACCUCUCCGAGCUCUCUGGCAACCCGGUGUUUGCAGAAAAGGUGAGGAACAUCCGCAGGGUGCUCAGCAGAGUGGAGAAGCCCCAGGGCCUGUACCCCAACUUCCUGAGCCCGGUGACGGGGAGCUGGGUGCAGCACCACGUCUCCAUCGGGGGCCUCGGGGACAGCUUUUAUGAAUACCUCCUCAAAUCCUGGCUGAUGUCAGACAAGAAAGACUCUGAAGCUAAGAAGAUGUACGACGAUGCCUUGGAGGCAAUAGAAAAGCAUUUGGUGAAAAAAUCUGCAGGAGGCUUGACCUACAUUGCUGAGUGGAGGGGUGGCAUCCUGGAUCACAAGAUGGGCCACUUGGCCUGCUUCUCUGGGGGCAUGAUUGCCCUGGGGGCCGAGCACAGCACGGGGGAGAGGAGGCAGAGGCACAUGGAGCUGGCAGCAGAGAUCACCAGCACCUGCCACGAGUCCUACACACGCUCAGAGACCAAGCUGGGCCCCGAGGCGUUCCGCUUCGACGCGGGCAGCGAGGCCAUGGCCACGCGGCUCAGCGAGCGCUACUACAUCCUGCGGCCCGAGGUGGUGGAGAGCUACAUGUACCUCUGGAGGCUCACCCACCACCCCAAGUACAGGCACUGGGGCUGGGAGGUGGUGCAGGCCCUGGAGAAGCACUGCAGGGUGGAAGCUGGCUUCUCUGGCAUCCGGGACGUGUACAGCACCCCGGCCCUCCACGACAACAUGCAGCAGAGCUUCUUCCUCGCAGAGACUCUGAAGUACCUCUAUCUUCUGUUCUGUGAAGAUGACGUGCUGUCCCUGGAGGAUUGGGUGUUCAACACCGAGGCUCACCCCCUGCCCAUCAACCACACGGACUCGAAAGCAGCAGGGCAGCCCUGAGGCCCUGCCCAGCUCCUGCUCCCCCGGCCUGGGCAGACUCUGCUUUUCCUUUCCAUUGAAGGAAUCCCUGUUGUUCCUGAAAUGGUGUUUUGGGGCACUAGUCCAAUUGCGGACAGUAUUGUCUUGGGAAGAUGAACCAUGACUAAGCACCUUCUUUUCCUCUGUGAGGAGCUCUGUUAGCUGAUGAUGAGAUGUUUAUUCUGGGCCAUACUGUACACAGUUCAUAGACAUUCCUUUAUACAGAGAAUUUAUAUGAAAUCCACUGAUUUUGCUUUAUAGUGGCCAAAGGACUGGAAGUUUGCCAUAAAAUAGACUUUACACACCAACACACACACACGUCCUCCUUUCCUUUCUCUGGUUCAUUUCUGCCUUUUAUCUGCUCUUGGAUUUAUCACCUCUCAGUGUUCUGGGCUUUCUGCUGCUGGCCUCUGGGGGCUCCUCAGGAGAACGAGGAGGGGGAGUUGUCCUUGGUGUGGGAGAGCAGCUGGAAUUCUUGGGGAUGGCUGAGGAGCCAGCUGAGAGCUCAGGGGUGAAGGGAGGACAGGGAAAGGUGAUGUUUGAGUGGGAAAAUAAGAUCAGACCCUCCAGAGACAGGAGCAGCCCCAGGCUGGAAUUUGCAGAUUUCAGGGGGAGACUUGAACCACCCUGAUCCCUGCUGCAGGGGUAACUCAGGAGCAGCCCAGGAGGCUUCUGGAGUGGGUUGGUGAUAAAUUCCUCCUGCAAGGGACACAGGAGCCAACAGAGGGGCUCUGCUGAGCCCAAAACCACACCCAAGGCUGCAGAGGCCGUGGAUGGUGAGUUCAGGAUCCUGAGGGCAGCAGGGAGGGGGGGAAGCUCAGCCUGGGCUGCAGCAGAGCAGAUGUGGAGCUCUCUGAGGGACAGGCGACACAGCCCUGGGGCCCAGGUGGCCCUGCCUGAGCAGGGACUGGGACAGGGCCACCCCUCCAGCCUCAGCCAUUCUGUGACUCUGGUGUCACCGCUGUAACUAAACCAAAACUUGGCUGCAAAAUCCUUGCUCCUGAUGUAUUUUUAUAUACUUUUUUUUUCUGUGCUCUUAAAACACAUUUACCACCCAUCACAUCUCAUUUAACUUUCCUUUAUCUUUUUUUCUUUUGUGUUUUUCUACUUUUAUUUGGAACUAAAUGUUACGAGUCACUUGUAAUAAUUUUACUGCUGUAAUAGUCAGAUCUGUGAAACAGAAUAAAAGUCUUGUAAAAUAAAAA